UCAGCUGACCGUCCCCGACCGAGUCAGCCAUCCAUGCCGUCAACCCCAAUGCCUCUUCGCUGGGGAUAAUGUUCAACUUGUCUUUGACGAGACCGUAUCGAGACAGAUUCUGUGGAGUGUACAGACCGUGGUAGCUCUGCGGACGCCGACGUGUCAAAUCUCGAACUGCAAACUGCCGGCUCACAACCAGAAGGAGGAGAGUUCGGAAAAGUUCCAAUUCUAUGUUCGCAAAGAUAAGCGAUUCGCGUGAAGAGGACGGAGGCGACUCAGGAACCUACCGAAGUUUUUGAGCGAUAUCGUCACGAGCAUCCAGAUGAUCGCCACAAUUCUGACCGUCAUCCUGGCGGUCGUCAAUUCCAUAGCACUCCUGGCCAUGUGUCUCAGGAGCAGGAAAAGCAGAGGUCCGCGCACGUACGGGUUUUUUCACCCCUACUGCAACGCAGGUGGUGGAGGUGAACGGGUUCUCUGGACUGCGGUUCGGUGCCUGCAACGGCGGUAUCCCAACAUCAAAUGCGUGAUAUACACAGGCGAUCUCGAAGCGAGCUCGGACGAGAUCCUCGCGACGGCAGAAAGACGCUUCCACAUCAAAUUAUCUCAGCCGGUCUCAUUCGUGUACCUCAGGAGCAGACCAUGCCUCGAGGCCAAGUAUUACAAAGUAUUCACUCUGGCGCUACAAAGUGCGUUCUCGAUGCUCGUGGGGCUGGAAGCCAUUAUCAAGCACACUCCACACGUUUUUGUAGAUACCAUGGGUUACGCCUUCACCUUACCAAUCUUCAAGAUUUUGGGCGGCUGCACCACGGUCUCCUAUGUCCACUACCCGACUAUAUCUACAGACAUGCUGUGCUCGGUGCAUUCCCGCAGAACCGGGGUGAACAACAGCUCGAUGGUGGCAUCGAGUUCAUUUCUCACGCAAGCGAAGAUCCUCUACUACAAGUGCUUCGCGGUAUUGUACGGAUUCAUCGGAAACGUAUGCGGUGACGUGACCAUGGUCAACUCGAGCUGGACUUACGGUCAUAUACGAGAAAUCUGGGGUGUGGAAUGUCAUCUUGUGUUCCCUCCGUGCUCGGUAGAAGACUUCCAGCAACUGGAGUCGGAAGCGAAUCCCGAGCGAGAGUUCAGAAUCGUAUCUUUGGCGCAGUUCAGGCCAGAGAAGGACCACAUGCUGCAGCUCAAAUCCCUGAAGAUACUGCAAAAGCAUUUAUCGGAAGCCCAGUUCGGCAAAGUUAAACUCGUCUUGUGUGGCUCCUGUAGAGACCACGAGGAUGAGCAAAGAAUCGAAGAUCUCAAAAUACAGGCCAACUGCCUCGAGAUAACCAAGAACGUGGAAUUCAAAGUGGACAUUCCGUACAGUGCUCUCAAGAAGGAGUUGCAGAAAGCGUCUGCCGCGAUACACACAAUGUGGAAUGAGCAUUUCGGUAUCGCCGUUGUCGAGUGUAUAGCAGCCGGAUUGAUAACUGUCGCGCACAACUCCGGAGGACCUCGAAUGGAUAUCAUUCGCGAAGGUUGCGGUUUCAGAGCGAGCACAGCGGAGGAAUACGCACAAAUUUUCGCAAAAAUCAUCAUGAUGAGUGAGCGAGAUCGUACGACGAUCUCGGAAGCUGGGAAGCGGUCAAUGAGCCGGUUCAACGAAAGAAGCUUCGAAGAGAAAUUCCUGGAGAUCGUACAAUCAUGGGUGGAGGAGAACCGAUGAGCUACUCGGAGUCAGCCGCUGCUCCCUCAGCAAGAAAGAACCUCAGUAAGGAUGUCAACGGACCUGAUGAUAUGGAGCGGAACCAGAAUGGCAAUAAAGGGAAUUCUGUUUCA